AUGAAUUUUCAAGUACCCACGACGCCUCAGCGUCCUACGCCCGGCAUGUUCAUCAACACUCCCGCGCCGAACCGCGGCGGGCUGGUACGGCAACCGUCCAUGUCGCAACAGCGACAACCGCCCGUUGCGCAGUCUCAGCAGCAGCCACAACAACAAGCACAGGCGCUCCCUGCGCCGCCAGUAGAGAGUGCGAUCGAACGUGCUGCGCGCACCAUCAACAACAUGCUGGACAGGGAUAACCGCUACCCGCCAUUGGAAGCGUAUGUUGGACAGGGCGUAUCUGGAGAGUAUGAGCUACCGACGAACCCCGCGUGGUCGCCAUUUCAGAAGCUGCGCACGUAUCGACUGCCAGAGGCCGUUUUUGAGCAGGUGGACCACACGCAGAUGUCGACAAGGAUGGGCUUGUUCGCUGAGAUCAAUCAUGCCUGGGUGGUUGUGGACAAUCAAGUCUAUCUCUGGGACUACACACAUCCGAAUCCCGAGCUUGUCGGUUUCGAGGAGCAGCCAAGCAACAUUACCUGCGUCAAGCUGGUCAAGCCGCGCGCGAAAGUCUUUGUCGAUACAAUCGAGUACUUGCUGGUCGUCGCGACUGUCACCGACAUCUUCCUGAUCGCGGUCGAGUGUCAGCGAGGGCCUGAGGGAGUUCACGGCAUCACACUGUACCGCACAGGGCUAUCGACUUCGGUCAAGAGGAUUACCGUGACAGCAAUCGAGGGCUCAGCGAAAACAGGACGCAUUUUCUUCGGAGACGGAAGCACAGAGGACGUUUACGAGCUCAACUAUCAGCAGGAAGAUCGGUGGUUCUCGAGCAAAUGCAGCAAAACGAACCAUGUAUCCAAGGCCGUAGGCCUUCCUGCACUGCCCUUCUAUGGCACCACACAACAGGCUGGGAUCGCGCAAAUGGUCAUCGACGACACACGAAACCUGCUUUACACACUCUCCACCAACAGCACCGUGAAGGUGUACCACAUGCGUGCCCCGGCGACACUUGAAUGCGUCAUCACUCGAACCGUAUCCAACCUUCAGACCAUGUGCAGUCACAUUGUCCGUCAAUCUGAGGUACUCAAUAAGAUGGAGAUCGUAAGCUUAAGCCCUAUUGCGAGCACCGAGGCGGAUCAUCUUUCUCUCAUGGCGACAACGUCCACAGGUUGCCGGCUGUAUUUGAGCACAACAUCUGGUGGCUGGAACAGUGACAGCACAAGUGCGCCGAACAGCAUGCAACUGCGCCACAUUCGAUUCCCGCCUGACGAUGGUCAGACCCCACAGCAGAGUAACUCGACACAGCUACAGCCAUACCAGGGUGGCGCACCACUGGGAUUCAACUCCAAGUUUUUGAAGGAGACCAAAUACGGAAACAGAUUCGCGCCCGGGUCCUUCUUCUCCUUUGUUCUCAGAUCAGAAAACGAACGAAACCAAACACUCUUCAUUUCGGCUCCUCACUCAGGCUUGCUCGGUCAGCGCGAAAGCUCUGAGCCUCCGCGAUAUACCGAGACUGGAUUGACACUGGAGCUUGUUGGCAGGAUCCAGGACAUGGGCCAGGUCUCUGAACCUUUCUCGGCGAGGAGCGAGCCAUUAGGGUUUGGCAACGAGCUUGCGACCCAGUUCGAUAAACCACUUAGCGAAUACGCCAUCAUCACAUCUUUCGGUAUCGAGACGGUCAGGCGGAAGCGACUGGUUGACAUCUUCGCCGCUAUUGUUAAGUAUGGUGGCGGGCAAGAAGGCACUGAGGCUGAUAUCAGGAAGCUUGCAAAGCAGUAUGGUCUCGCUGAAACAGCGGCUACCGCUUUGGCUGUGGCAUGCAACCAGGGCUCUGAUGUUGGGCCGGACUCCCGCAUCGCCAGGAUCACAGAUCCGGAGGUGACAGAGUUUGCUCGCAAGGUGUUCAUCGAAUUUGGUGGCAAGGCACACCUAACAGAGAGCGCAACAGUUGAGGGACCGAGCGUCGAGAAUGUCCGUGCAUCGCCACGACACGACGGAAUCGCCAUGUAUGUGGCUCGUCUCGUCCGAUCCAUCUGGCAUGGUCCAGUGAUCAAGGAGGUUGUGACACCGACUGGACCCCUCCUCGCAUCAGCAACGAAGGUUACUAAACUACAGGAUAUCCAGCGUGCACUGAUGGACCUGCAAAAGUUCCUAGAUGACAACAAGUCGUUCAUCGAGGGUCUUGCAGGUCCUGAAGCGCUGGGUCGUGUCUCCUCGAGACAGGAAGAGGUAGAGCUGCAGGGCGAGCAUAGAGCAUUGACCAGUUUGGUCACACUCGUAAACGACAUGGUGGAAGGCAUCUCUUUCGUCCUCGUCCUCUUUGAGGAGCGCCUUGAGGACAUCAUGGCGUUACUCGACCCCAACUCGCAAUCAAUGGUGCGUCGCAUGACUUUUCAGGCGCUUUUCUCUGUCAAGGAAGGCAGAGACCUCGCAAAGGAGCUUGUCAAGGCGAUUGUCAACCGAAACAUCACCAAGGGCUCCAACGUCGAAACUGUUGCGGAAGCUUUGCGGAGGAAGUGCGGCAGCUUCUGUAGUGCAGACGAUGUCAUGAUCUUCCGUGGUCAAGAGGCCACAAAGAAAGCGGCAGACAUCGGGGCAAAUGCCGAGCGCGGGCGCAUCCUGCUGAACGACAGCUUGGGUUUGUUCGAGCAGGUUGCGAAGAGUUUGACUUUUGACAACCUGGCAUCGACAGUCGAUCAGUAUAUUCAGCUCGAAUUCUACGCUGGAGCUAUUCGAUUAUCACUCAAGGUUGCUCAGGAGUGGGACCGCGGCAACAAAGCUUUGUCAUGGAUCCGUGACCGAGAUGAUCCAAGCACAGAUCCGAACGAUGUACGAAGGGACUUCUAUGAGAAGCGUACCGCAUGCUACGACCUUCUCCUUAGGGUCGUUGAGGCAGUCGACCAGGCAUACAACAGCCAAGGCCCAGUGCCGGAUGGCGUUGUUUCCCAAAUCACACGGCGCAAGUUCGAGGCAUACGAACAGAUCAACAAUUCAGAUGACGAAGUCUUCCAAAACUACUUGUAUGACUGGUACAUGCAAAAGGGCUGGGCUGAGCGGUUGCUCGAGAUCAACUCGCCUUUCGUUGUCGAGUACUUGCGCCAGAGCUCAGAGAAGGACAUCGCUCACGCAGACCUUUUGUGGCGCUACUAUGCCCAUUAUAACGACUACUUGAGCGCCGCAGAGACACAGUAUCAGCUCGCUAAGAGCUCACUGGAUCUUCCUCUGGAGAAGCGGAUAGAAUACCUCUCAUUCGCCAAGGCCAACGCAUCGACACGUAUGACCGGAUUCUCUGAGACUGGAGUACGAAACAGGCAGUCAAGACAAGAGCUUUUGCGCAACAUCGCCGAUCACCUCGACAUUGCAAACAUCCAGGAUGACAUCUUGGUAAAACUAAGAGAAGACGAUCGUCUCAAGGCCGACCAGCCACGUAGGAAUGAAGUGCUUGCACUUCUGAAUGGUCAGAUCCAGCCGCUGGAUGAGCUGUACCACAAUUACGCCGACCAAGCCGGCUACUACGAUGUCUGCCUACUCAUUUACCACGCCGCCGACCAUCGCAAUAUUCCCGAUAUCCGUAACACUUGGUCCAAUCUCGUUGAGCAAGUUCACAAGAAGGUUCUUGCUGAACAGGCAACACAGCCCUGGGAAUCCCUUGCUCUGAAGGUUGAAGAGAUCGGUCGCCGCGUCAAUAUGAACGAGAAUGUUUUCCCUGUAAACAUUGUCCUCCAACUCCUCCUUCAAUACGACCUUGAAUACUACACGCACGACGUCAACUCCAACUCGCGAGACCUCAUUCUCAAUACGCAUAUUACAUGGCCCAUCGACGUCCUCAUCCGCUUGAACGCACCCUUCGAGUACCUUGUUGCGACAUUCGAGGCGUUGUGGUAUGCACAGGAAGCUCCUUUUGCUGGCCGCAACAAGAAGCUGCUCGUCAAAUGGAGCAUCUACACAAUCGAACAAUGGGGUAUUAUAAGCAGGCGAUCCGGCGCGCUGUUCGGUGGCGCGGAGAAUGCCAUCGGUCUCGCCGAGUACCUAAGAGUCGUACUGGGCAGCGAGACACUGGGCAGGGACGCAGACGACCAGCAAUGGCUGCAGAGAGCGAGGGAUGUUCGAGAUUUAGUGGAGGAGGCUGCACGAUAG